UUCUAAUUGGCUCUCUAUUUCGCAUUGAACUUGAGUUGCGUCGGUACGUGCUUUCCUUUGAAAUUAAACCAAAAUAAUAAAAAUUGUUUGUAAAUUGUGUAUGAAAAGAAUGGAUAUAAGGAAAUGAAAAUACAAACUAAUGCAAAUCAGUGAAUUUAAAUAAAAAAUUUUCUAAAUUCCAGAGUGUGUGGGAGUGUUGGUUAUUGAAUAAACAAUUUCAAAAUAAAACUUUGUUUACAGUAAGAAAAUAUCACUUUUAGUUUGCCAGAAAAAUGUCUAUAUUAUUGGAAGAAACAUCAAAUCGUUUGUUGCCACGAAUUGUCUUAAUUGCGUGCGGUUCCUUUAGUCCACCAACUCCGAUGCAUCUUCGAAUGUUUGAAAUUGCCAGAGAUCAUUUUGAGAUGUGUGGCAGCCAUAAGGUAAUUGGUGGUAUUGUUUCACCCACACAUGAUGCAUAUGGCAAGAAAGGUUUGGCGCCAGGCAAGCAUCGUUGUGCAAUGGUCAAAUUGGCUUUACAGUCAUCAUCAUGGAUACGUUUAUCCGAAUGGGAAACAUUGCAGGAUGGUUGGUCGCGGACGCAGGCCGUUUUGCAAUACCAUCAAAAUUUUAUGAAUAAUUAUAUAAAUUCUCCCGAUUUGGAUAAUAUGAAUGGAGAUGAUAAUCAUGUUCCUGGCUGGUUGCCACCUAGCUUAAGAGAACGUCGGGACCCGGUUCAAUUGAGGCUGUUGUGUGGGGCCGACCUACUCGAAUCAUUUGCUGUACCUGGUCUGUGGGCUGAAGAGGAUAUUGAAGAUAUUGUUAGCAAUCAUGGGCUGGUGGUUAUAUCACGCAGUGGUUCCAAUGCCGAAAAGUUUAUCUUUGAAUCGGACAUUCUAACAAAAUACCAACGCAACAUAACCCUUGUUACCAAUUGGGUAUCGAAUGAAGUAAGUUCAACAAUGAUACGACGUCUGUUGAGUCGUGGACAAUCUGUGAAAUAUUUAAUCGAUGAUUUAGUCAUAGAGUAUAUUAAACAAUUUGGAUUAUUCCAAUCUAAAACUAAGUAUAUAACAUCCCUGGUUAGAAAACCCAAACAGAAUCUCCUUAACAUUAAUCAACAAGAAAAUAUGCAAAUAUCAUCAAAUGAAACCACACCGUCUGAUGUGGAGGAAGAUGAUGAUGAUGACGACGACGACGAUACUAACAACGAAGAUCUUAUGGAUGAAACCGAUUUUUCUAUUACUAAAAUUAUAAUACCCAGAACUAAUUUAGAUAAUCGCAGGACAUCAAAUGUCUUUUGCUGUGGUGAUACCAAAGGUAGCAGUGUCUUGAACAAAUUGCUGGGUGGCAAAACGCACAAAAAGAAAUCAACGGGACCUGGUCAAGCUGUACAAGUUGUAACAACGGAAUAUGGUGUUACUGAAGUUUUGGAUGAAGAUGGGAUGAAAUCCAAAAAAUUUAAAGCGGCUGAUAAUGUCUAAUUUUUGAGAGGCUUUUUUUUGUAAACUUUACCGAUGACAUGACUGUAAUGGCUUUUUUGCUAAACGGACAAUCGAAUGGUCCAUGAGGAAAGAUAUAAUGUUUUUUUUUUUAAUACUGUUAUUUUAAAUAAAUAUAUAUGAAUACAAGGUACUAUAUGAUAUAAUCAAUGUUAAAUGUGCACUUAAAGAUAUUCGAUGAUAAAAUAUAUACAACCCAUGGUCUCAGUGCAA